GAUCACAAGCACAGAUAAGCAGAUGUGAAACUACCGCAUUUCAGGCAUGGUUUGAACUGUUUUAAGCCUAGUUUUUAGUUGACAAGUUGAUAAUCGUUCGGUAUCGCAAGGCGAACCUAAUCUACAACCUUGAUUGUACCCAAUUCCUACCUACGUAUCCGUAUCCGAUAGUCACAUUUCAGCACCUUUUCUUUUUUUUUUCUUUUUUUUUUCCCCUAUCAACCAUCCGAACUUCUUAUUCCUGAACUAAGUUUUUUUGACCUGUUUUCCGAUACCUAAUUGCACGACGAAUCGGAAUCAAGAUGACGCGUCCGAGGCGCUCAUCGGCCGCUAGCACGGAGACCACUGGGACGGCCGGCGACCAGGAGCUCGGGAGCAUGUAUGAUUACCUUGCUAAGAUUAUCCUGCUGGGUCCGAGUGGAACUGGAAAAUCAUGUCUCCUGCAUCGCUUUGUCAAGAACGAAUGGCGAGUCCUCUCGUCGCAAACGAUCGGUGUCGAAUUCGCCAGCAAAAUCAUUAAGGUCGGCACCGGCCCGCGGAGGAAGCGCAUAAAGCUACAGCUAUGGGAUACGGCAGGAACUGAGCGCUUUCGCUCUGUAUCGAGAUCAUACUACCGAGGCGCCGCCGGUGCUAUUUUAUGUUACGACAUCACAUCGCAUAACUCGUUUAGAGCUUUACAGCCAUUUCUCAACGAUGCUCGAGCGCUUGCUUCGCCGAAUUUAACAAUGAUCCUUGCUGGGAAUAAGUUGGACCUUGCAAACGAUACUCUCAUCGAUACGAGUCUCCCGCCUCCCACACCGUCAAGUACGAGCUCGUCUCUGCUAUAUAGUACGUCAGUCGGUACAACCAGUGCAGGUGUUUCUCUCGGAACGCAGAUGAAAGCGACGGUAGCCCCCGAAGGCCGCGAGGUGUCGACCACGGAGGCGUCACGAUGGGCUAGCAGCGUCAGCGUGCCCGUCGCGGUGGAGGUAUCAGCGUUCUCGGGCGAGGGCGUAGACGAGGUGUUCGCACGGCUGGCACGCAUGAUCUUGACCAAGAUCGAGCUCGGAGAGAUCGACCCGGACGACCCGAUGAGCGGGAUUCAGUACGGGGACGGAGGCAUGUGGAACGCCGGGGGCAGCGACGGCGGCAGCAUCAAGAGCUCCAUGACGGCGGACGAGGUCGGGCUCGGCGGCAUGAGGCGCAGACGCAAAGGCAAGAACCGCGCGCAGAACUGGGGUAUGCGCGAGUGGGAGGAGGUGUUUACUCUGAGUCGCGGGCGAGGCAGGGGGAAUUGUUGCUAAUGAUACAUGGCGAGAAAUCAUGGAAGACGGAGAGGAUGGACGAGCUUGAGAGAGGGCUGUAAUCACGACGAAAGGGAUAUGGGCUAGAUGGGAGGGGCUUGACCUGGUGACACUACGAUGAUGAUGAUGAUGAUACCUUAGUUCUUUUAUUCGCAAGCGUGCUCGCUUUGGGUUUUCGUUUUCGGCUAUUCCGGCGUUAGGAGUGUGGUCCUGUCCUGGGGAUGAUUCUGAAGACCUAAUAGAAUAAUAUAUGAGAUUUCUCUUUGCUGUAUGCUGCUGAUAUAUCUCGCAUGGAUAUACCAUACCAGAUAUAUACCUAAGGUUAGGUAGACAAAUGGAUACCUUAUAAGAUCCAUAGUAUUUACCUUAGGUACCUACCUAAGUUUACCGGGAAGCAAUGCCACGAUGCCAAUAAUCGGCGUGGGAGGUGAGGCUCCGUCCUUUUCGGCGGAGAGCCUUCCGCCCUUGCACCUCGGCGAAACGACCUCCACUAAAUCACCGAUAUCUAGCUUCUGGAUAUAUAGGUAUUUUUUCUAGCGUUGGAAAAUAGGUAGCUAGGUACCUAGAUACUUAGUGCCAACAAUUAUCGAUGUCCUCCAGGGAUUCGGGGUUAUAAAAAGA